GUUCGUAUCACUGCUAUCAGUAUUGAUUUUGUCUACGUACUAACUUGACAUUUUGGCCAAAAACGAGUGAAAAUUUGUAUACAAAAAUUUUAAAGAAAUAUUUUUGCAAAUGCUGGUGCAAAAUUGAGCACUCAUCCCUUUGGAUAUCUUAAUAUUUUCGAUUCCACGCUCCCCGUAGAUCUGUUUACUUGCAACCUAACUAUCCUCUUUGCCCGCGUAGAAUGCGCCUAACUUCUAUGCUUGAAUGAUUGACCGAUUGCAUACGCGUCGCUUAGGAGCUGCAAGCAAUCGUAGCGAUACCAGCUCCCUGUCGGCGACUACCACCGGCGUUAGCGGUGGUGUCGGUGCUGGGACGAGUGGCGGCGGCACAAUUACCACACCGCCAGCCAGCACCAGCUCCUCCAGCGGGCACAGCCUACAACAACAACAUUCACAGCCACAGCUACAGCAGCAGCAACAACAACAAUUUCGCUCAUCACUACACCAUCAUCAACAUUCGUCUGGUCACAGUCAUUUCACCUUUAAUACGGGCGGCAGCUAUAGUCAGGGACAUAGUUCCGGCAGUUUAUCGCGCAUCUCACGCAAGGCGGGUGGUACUUCCCUCUCUGCAUCUGCACAAAGUGGACAUGGUUUUGAUGGGACCAGCACCGUCAAUAGCCCGUCAGUUGUGAAUUCGGGAAGCGGCAGCGCCAGUAGUGGCCCUGCUCUAAUGCCCACAAUGGGCCCAAUGUUGGGCACUUCAACAAGUGGAGGUGCCGGCAUUGCCGGCGGUCAACUGGGUGUGAAUAGUCAAAAUGUGUCGUUGGCCGCUGCGGGCAGCGGUGGUGUUGGCGGCGGUAGCGGCAGUGGUGCAGGCAUUGGUGGCGGUGUCAUGGGCGGUAUUGGUGGCGUUGGCGGCGGUGCGAUAGGCGGUGGUGUUGGCAUGGGCAUCUGUGGCGGCAUUAGUAGUACGAUGGGCCCGAGCAGCGCUGCCAUAACUGGCGUCCCCCCUAUUGGGCUGGGCCUAGCAACGGGCAUUGGUAAUAAGAUGCUCGGCCGCAAGCAAAGCCUCAAGGGGGGCGAACCGUUUUUGGCCGAUUACGGUCCCGAGGAGUCGCUUAACGAAAGUGCCGAUAUUGAAUGGGUGAAUAAGCUGUGGGUAAGGCGACUAAUGCGUUUAUGCGCCUUAGUAUCCUUGGCCUCAGUCUCAUUGAAUACGCCGAAAACUUUCGAGCGGCAUCCCCCAUUACAGUAUAUAACAUUCGUAUCGGACACCGCGGUCACGCUGCUUUUCACCGCCGAAAUGAUUGCCAAAAUGCAUAUCCGAGGUGUACUGCAUGGCGAAGUACCAUAUCUAACGGAUCAUUGGUGUCAAUUCGAUGCGUCAAUGGUAUUUUUCCUCUGGAUAUCGAUUAUAUUGCAAGUUUUCGAAGUUUUAGAAAUUGUACCCAAAUUUUCUUACCUUUCCAUUUUACGCGCACCACGCCCCUUGAUUAUGAUACGCUUCCUGCGAGUCUUCUUGAAAUUUUCGAUGCCAAAAAGCCGUAUUAACCAAAUAUUCAAACGGUCGAGUCAACAGAUCUACAACGUCACAUUGUUCUUCCUGUUUUUUAUGUCCUUAUAUGGCUUGUUGGGCGUACAAUUCUUUGGAGAGUUGAAAAAUCAUUGCGUCAUGAAUAACUCGGAAUACGAUUACUUGGGAAGACCCAUUUUGACGAUCAAUUCACUGGCCAUUCCCGAUACAUUUUGCUCCAUGGAUCCCGACUCAGGAUAUCAAUGCUCACCAGGGAUGAUUUGCAUGAAAAUGGACUUUCUGAGUAGCUAUGUGAUUGGUUUUAAUGGCUUUGAGGACUUUGCUACUAGUAUUUUUACUGUAUACCAAGCCGCAUCGCAGGAAGGCUGGGUCUUUAUUAUGUAUCGCGCGAUUGAUUCUCUGCCCGCCUGGAGGGCUGCUUUUUAUUUUAGCACAAUGAUAUUCUUCCUUGCUUGGCUGGUUAAGAACGUUUUUAUUGCUGUUAUUACGGAGACAUUCAAUGAGAUACGUGUGCAGUUCCAGCAGAUGUGGGGUGCCAGAGGUCACAUACAAAAGACCGCCGCAUCGCAAAUUCUCAGCGGAAAUGAUUCCGGUUGGCGGUUGGUUACAAUAGAUGAUAAUAAACAUGGCGGUUUGGCGCCUGAAACAUGUCAUGCCAUCUUACGUUCUCCCUAUUUUCGUAUGUGGGUGAUGUCAGUAAUCUUGGCUAACGGUAUUGUAAUGGCCACAAUGACUUUCAAACAUGACGGUCGACCAAGAAAUGUUUUUUAUGAGAAAUAUUAUUAUAUCGAAAUGGCGUUUACCUUCUUCUUGGAUUUAGAGACACUGUUCAAGAUUUAUUGCUUGGGUUGGCGGGGUUACUAUAAGCAUUCUAUACAUAAAUUCGAAUUACUAUUGGCUGUGGGCACCACUAUACAUAUUGUGCCAAUGUUUUACCUCUCGGGCUUCACCUACUUUCAGGUUCUUCGCGUUGUACGUCUGAUUAAAGCGUCGCCUAUGCUCGAAGGUUUCGUUUACAAGAUUUUCGGACCCGGCAAGAAACUCGGUUCACUUAUCAUAUUCACCAUGUGCUUACUGAUCAUUAGCUCCAGUAUCUCUAUGCAACUUUUUUGCUUCCUCUGUGACUUCACAAAAUUUGAAACAUUCCCGGAAGCUUUUAUGUCUAUGUUUCAAAUUCUCACUCAAGAAGCUUGGGUUGAAGUUAUGGACGAAACUAUGAUACGCACAAGUAAAACUCUAACACCACUAGUUGCGGUGUAUUUCAUUCUCUACCACUUGUUCGUCACUCUGAUCGUGCUCAGUUUGUUCGUGGCGGUUAUUUUGGAUAAUUUGGAAUUGGAUGAAGAUAUUAAAAAACUGAAGCAACUUAAAUUUCGAGAGCAGAGUGCCGAGAUAAAGGAAACACUUCCAUUUCGUUUACGUAUUUUUGAAAAGUUUCCUGACUCACCACAAAUGACCAUUCUCCAUAGAAUACCAAACGAUUUUACCUUGCCCAAAGUGCGCGAAUCCUUCAUGAAGCAUUUUGUGAUCGAGCUGGAAACUGAUGACCCCUCAAUCGUAGAGAAUUGUAAACGACCCAUGUCUGAGUGUUGGGAAUCUAACGUGGUAUUUCGUAAACAGAAACCUGUCAGAAUAAUGAACAAGACGCCAAAGGUGCGUUCAGCCGGCAGCAGUUUGAGGAAGUUGGCAAUCACACAUAUAAUCAAUCGACUUUCCAGUGAUUCGAAUAAUCAGCGUUUAAUGCUUGGAGACUCCGCUAUGCUGCCUGUGGUAGGCGGCAAAGGGGGUUUAAAGUCUCAAGGCACCAUAACACAUUCGAAACCAUGGCGUGUAGAUCAAAAGAAAUUUGGUUCUCGUUCUAUACGCCGGAGCGUACGUUCCGGUUCGAUUAAACUGAAACAGACUUAUGAACAUUUAAUGGAAAAUGGUGAUAUCGCAGCAGCUCCACGCGCCAACUCAGGGCGUGCGCGUCCACAUGAUCUCGAUAUAAAACUUCUACAAGCGAAGCGACAACAAGCCGAGAUGAGACGAAAUCAGCGUGAAGAAGACUUGCGUGAGAAUCAUCCGUUUUUCGAUACACCGCUCUUCUUAGUACCGCGUGAGAGUCGUUUUCGUAAGAUCUGUCAGAAAAUCGUACACGGACGCUAUGACGCGCGGCUAAAGGAUCCACUUACGGGCAAGGAACGUAAAGUACAGUACAAAAGCAUGCAUAACUUUCUUGGUCUGGUCACUUACUUGGAUUGGUUAAUGAUCUUCGUUACGACUCUGUCUUGCAUAUCUAUGAUGUUUGAAACACCGAGCUAUCGUGUUAUGGAUCAUCCAACUCUACAAAUCGCUGAAUAUGGUUUUGUUGUAUUCAUGAGCCUCGAAUUAGCAUUAAAAAUACUUGCCGAUGGCCUCUUCUUCACACCGAAAGCCUACAUAAAGGACGUCGCUGCCGUUCUGGAUGUCUUCAUUUAUGUUGUAUCCACAUCCUUUCUUUGUUGGAUGCCUCAACAUAUACCGACCAGUUCUGGCGCACAACUACUGAUGAUUCUGCGCUGUGUGCGCCCGUUGCGUAUUUUCACGUUGGUGCCACAUAUGCGCAAAGUCGUUUAUGAGUUGUGUCGCGGCUUCAAGGAGAUCCUGCUCGUAUCCACGUUGCUCAUACUGCUCAUGUUUAUUUUUGCCAGCUAUGGUGUACAGUUGUAUGGUGGGCGGUUGGCGCGUUGUAAUGAUCCUACAAUAAUACGCCGAGAGGAUUGUGUAGGUGUGUUUAUGCGACGCGUUUUUGUGACAAAAAUGAAGUUGACGCCCGGGAGUAAUGAGUCCUAUCCGUCAAUGCUAGUGCCUCGCGUUUGGGCAAAUCCACGCAGAUUCAAUUUUGACAACAUCGGUGAUGCGAUGCUGACAUUAUUCGAAGUGCUCUCCUUCAAGGGUUGGUUGGAUGUGCGUGAUGUAUUGAUCAAGGCUGUUGGACCGAUACACGCUAUUUAUAUACACAUCUACAUUUUUUUGGGUUGCAUGAUUGGAUUGACCUUGUUUGUGGGUGUGGUGAUUGCUAAUUACUCUGAGAACAAAGGUACCGCUCUCUUGACGGUCGAUCAGCGGCGUUGGUGCGAUCUGAAGAAGCGUUUGAAGAUUGCUCAACCUCUACAUUUACCCCCACGACCUGAUGGCAGAAAGUUCCGUGCCUUUACCUAUGACAUAACUCAGAAUAUUAUUUUCAAGCGCAUUAUAGCGGUGGUGGUGCUAAUUAAUAGCAUGUUACUGUCCAUCACGUGGAUCAAGGGUGAAGUGCACACUGAACGUUUAGUGAUCGUGAGCGCUGUAUUGAAUUUUGUAUUUGUCAUUGAAGUGGUUAUGAAGAAUAUAGCGUUCACUCCACGCGGCUACUGGCAAUCGCGACGGAAUCGUUAUGAUUUACUAGUCACCGUAGCUGGUGUUGUUUGGAUAUUCCUGCAAACUAUUCUUAGGAAUGAUCUCUCCUAUUUCUUCGGUUUUAUGGUGGUGAUUUUACGUUUCUUCACCAUUACGGGCAAGCAUACCACACUCAAAAUGCUUAUGCUAACAGUGGGCGUGUCCGUUUGUAAGUCUUUCUUCAUCAUAUUUGGUAUGUUCUUGUUGGUGUUCUUUUAUGCCUUGGCUGGAACUAUACUCUUUGGGACUGUUAAGUACGGCGAGGGUAUUGGGAGACGGGCAAAUUUUGGCUCACCUGUAACAGGAGUGGCUAUGUUGUUUCGCAUUGUUACCGGGGAAGAUUGGAAUAAAAUUAUGCAUGAUUGUAUGGUGCAACCGCCAUAUUGUACACCAGGAAACAAUUAUUGGGAAACCGAUUGUGGAAACUUUACCGCCAGUUUAGUAUACUUUUGUACUUUCUACGUUAUAAUAACAUAUAUUGUGCUGAAUUUGCUUGUGGCUAUUAUCAUGGAGAACUUUUCACUGUUCUAUUCUAAUGAAGAGGAUGCUUUGCUUUCUUAUGCCGACAUACGGAAUUUCCAGAAUACAUGGAAUAUAGUGGAUAUACAUCAGCGUGGCGUUAUACCAGUGCGCCGUGUAAAAUUUAUACUUCGUCUGCUGAAAGGGCGACUAGAGUGUGAUCCCCAAAAGGAUCGUCUACUUUUCAAGUACAUGUGCUAUGAGUUGGAAAAGUUGCACAAUGGCGAAGACGUGACAUUCCACGAUGUAAUCAAUAUGCUAUCCUAUCGCUCAGUGGACAUACGUAAAGCUCUGCAAUUGGAAGAGUUACUGGCACGUGAAGAAUUUGAAUAUUUGGUUGAGGAAGAGGUGGCGAAGAUGACUAUACGCACAUGGUUAGAGGGUUGUCUUAAGAAGAUACGUGCACAAAAUGCAAGCAAGCAACAAAAUUCUUUGAUUGCCGGUUUGCGCGCCACAAACGAACAGCUAAUGCUACUCAAAACACCAGAAGAUAAAACCCCCACCAGUGGUGCGGAAAAGCCACCUGGCAGCGCCACCGCCCCAUGCCCACCCACUAGUGAUGCAUUCUCACCCACCUUCAGCUCAACCGAAAAUGAAGAGAAAGACGCCAGUGGCAGUGCCGCCAUUUCCACCACCGCUGACGCGCAUGGUGUGCAACGCGUUAUAGGCGCUACCAAGCGCGCCUAUGCGCUUAAUCGCUCCGAUUCUACAGGCAGCUCAACGGGCCGGAAAUAUUUAGCACCAACUACAUCCGAUCCACAACAACGCAGCACGCUAACGGACAAAGAGCGCUUGCAUAUUAGUAGCCAACAGAAGAAGAAAAAUUCAAUGACUACAGUACCCACCCUACCACCUGUCGUUGCUGCAAGCGGUGCUUCAAUUAAACGGGAUUUAAAUCGUACAUCGGGAUUUUUUACAUCAGGCAACAGUGAUGGCAGCCAAUUUCAUUAUCCACCACAUGUGGUGAAUCAUUUUGGAGAACAGCAUGGGCCGUUGGGUAGUCCGUCGGCAGUUAUGGGCCACAUUAUUUCAGGUAGCAAGUUAUUACCAUUCAACAAUCAAGCAAAUGCGGUUUAUGAGGUGCACGAUUGGUGGCAGGAACAGGUGAUUUGUACGCUUUACAGCGACGAUGAAGGUUAAAUUACAAAAGAAAUGGAGGAUUUAUAGUAAUGAAUGAAAUUAUAGGGAAAAGUAACGUAUGUAUGUGGUAGAUAUGUAUGUCUAUAAGUAUGAAAUUAGAAAAUAUAAUAAGUAUAACGUGAUUAGAAUUUGAAGGGAUUACGCCAAAUGUUAAAUUUUUACCGUUAGUAUUUGUCUCUAUCAGAUUUACAAACAUUUAAUAGCCAAGAAAUAGUGCAUACAAUUAAUUUGUCUAUAAUACUGAUUAGUUAUUGUUACAUGAGUUGAUUCAUUUUAGGAAAAUAUUGUUAGAAAAUGUUUAAAAUGCAAACAAUAUUGUAAUGUCUUAAUUUUGUAAUAAAAAUAUGAUGAAAACUU